GUCAGAACGAUCCCGUGAAUCGAGUGAUGCAACAGGUCGUUGGCGCGCGGUUGGGUGCGCAGUUGGGAAAGGGCAGUUUGGCGAGAUAAAUUAAUAUAUUGCUAGUACAGCUGAAACGGUGAACCUUUAGUGUGCUGUGUUGAGACGGCGCAGUACGAGCCGCGUGAAACCCAUUCGUCGGAAGGGAAUUGUCAAUUUUUCACUCGCGAAAAAACAGUGUCAAUUUGCGUGUACGGGGAAGUACGGAAGAACGGCUGGAGAUUAGAGAUCGUCAUUGUAUUUGCAUUUUAAUUUAUUGGCCGUCUGGUCUCGACUGUUCCGAUGCAGAUGUCGUAGACUGCCGUUUGAACUGGGUUUUCCUGUGUUUGCGCUAGUGUCUCGUCAAGUGUAGAACUAACAUGACCAAAGAGUUUAUCCUCACCGAAAAGGAGCUCUACCCGAGCCACCAGGUUCCGGAAGAUUCCGACCUGGACUACCGGGAACAAUUUCCCGACAUACGACCCCUGAUCCGGCGCCAGUUCAGUGGCAUUUGGACGCGCGAGAAUGCCAUCCGACGAUUCCCGGUCCUCCAGUGGGGCCCGCAGUACACGCUAAAGAAGCUGGCGUCGGAUGCGAUCGCCGGCAUUACCGUCGGGUUGACGUCGAUCCCGCAGAGCAUCGCGUACGCCGUGGUCGCCAACUUGGAACCGCAGUACGGGCUGUACUCGAACUUUAUGGGUUCGUUUGUGUACGCGUUCUUUGGCAGCGUGAAGGAGAUCACGAUCGCACCCACCGCCAUUAUGGCGCUGAUGGUCCAGCACAAGGUGCUCCAGCUGGGACCGGCGGGGGCCAUUUUGGCGUCGUUCCUGUCCGGAUGUAUCAUUCUGCUGCUCGGACUACUCAACUUUGGCUUUGUGGUGCAGUUUAUCUCGAUGCCGGUUAUUACGGGUUUUAUAACGGCUGCCGCGAUCACGAUCAUGAGCAGCCAGAUCAAAUCGUUGAUGGGAAUCUCCAGCGCGGGGCGGUCCAGCUCGUUCGUGGACUCGUGGGCAAAUGUGUUUGAGAAUGUGGGACAGACGCGGCUGUGGGACGCACUGCUCGGAUUUGGAACGUUGGCCAUCUUGAUCUUUAUUACGCUGAUCAAAGGCCGAGGUUCAGGACGAUGGCGAAGCUUCACCAACAAUCUGAACCUGCUACGAAACGCCCUGGUCGUAAUUGGUGGCGGAGUGCUAGCCUACGGAUUUGCCACGCGCGAUCUGCAGCCGUUCCGGUUGACCGGCAAGGUCGCGUCCGGAUUUCCCACGGUAGAACUACCUCCGUUCUCUACGACCUUCAAGGACGAGUUCUACGACUUCCCACGGAUGUUACACAUCCUUGGCUCUUCGGUGAUCGCGAUCCCAAUGAUCUCGAUCCUCGAGGUCGUUUCCAUCGGAAAGGCCUUCACCAAGGGCAAGCCUGUGGACGCUACCCAGGAAAUGAUCGCACUCGGACUUUGCAACAUUGCUGGGUCAUUUACGUCGUCGAUCCCAACGACGGCGUCCUUCGCCCGAACUGCGAUCAACAGUAGCAGCGGAGUUCGGACACCGUUCGGUGGAGUGUUCACCGGUAUUCUGGUCCUGUCAGCUCUCGGUCUACUCACCGAUUGGUUCUACUACAUCCCGAAGGCAACCCUGGCAGCGGUCAUCAUCGCCGCAAUGGUCUUCAUGAUCGAGUACCGCGCCGUAGCGGAAAUGUGGCGCAUCAAGCGAAUCGACAUUAUUCCCUUCCUGGUAACCGUCGUUUCGUGUCUCUUUGCCGGCCUCGAGUACGGAAUACUCAUUGGAAUCGGCGUAAAUCUCUGCUUUCUGCUGUAUCUAAUAUCGCGCCCCCGAAUCGACCAUCGAACGAUCAAAAUCAACUCGACCAACGCGCUCAUCCUGCGACCCACGAACGACCUGGCCUUCUCGUCGGCCGAAUACCUGCGCGAUCGAAUAAUCCGGAUGGCGUCGGAACACGCCGCGGACGUGGUGGUGAUCGACGGAGAGCUUAUCAAAUACGUGGACUCGACGGUGGUGAAGAACCUGUCCGGAACGGUGACCGAUUUGAACGCCCAAGGUCGGGAUGUGCUGCUGUGGAGGUGGAACCGAGAGGUGCAGUACUCGCUGUAUCGGUACAGGAAGGACCAAUUUAUGCCGCUGUUUCGAGCGGAUGGUAACGAGGAAGCGAUGAUACGUGACUGGAAGAGUCCGCCGUUUGGGGAAGGGAGCGUUUAACGGAAAUGUUGGGUGGUAAUGGAGGCUAGUGGAAUGAUGUGAUAUUAGAAUUGAGGUAGAAUUCGUUGCAAAUACAAAGAUGAAUUGGAAUCCUGAUAAAUGGAAUGAUGUUCAAUGUCAUCCUCAUUCGAUCUGUAAAGAUCCGAAACCGAAAAAAAUAUCGAAGGGUAUUUUAGCUAGUUCAAUUGCAGUAGUUCAAUAGCCAAGUUUAGUCAAUAAACUGGUCAUGUUUUUAAGAAAAUUCUUAUCAAAUCCCAAUUUCUCAAGGAGCGGUUAAAAUUGCACAUGCAAAUGAAAUAACAAUGAUGAAUAAAAACACAGUUUUCAACUAUUGAUUCAAUCAAAGAAUUUCCUUUUUGCCUUCCUCACCUAACUGAGGCAAGGCUAUAAAAUCACUCGAAAAAUGAACUUCUUAAAUACACCUCCUAGAUAUACCUUUACGUAUACCUAUCGACUCAGAAUCAAAUUCUGAACAAAUGUCUGUGGGGAUGUGUGUACACCCAAAGUUAAAGAUCGAGGGGAUAGUCCUCACGAAAAGAAUCGUGAGGAAAGUGCUAUAUUGCGAGAGUAUAGUCCUCUCGCGUGUUCAUUCGUUCAUUGGAACAGUUCAUCCUAUGAGUGGCUUAUAUGGACAAACGACCGCUAUUUAGUCACCGAACCAUAGGGACGUGGCGUUACAUCGUGCUGCCAUCUGGUUUUUUUAAGCGCAAGAGUGGAAAAGUGCUGAGUCAUCGUCUAAAAAUAGACGGCGUCCUAUCUCGCCCAGCAAAAUGAAGUCGAUAAAGUAGUCGGUUUCGAUAAGAAAAAGUGGAAAACGUGGUCUAAAAAUAGCGACGCCAUCCCCCUAUGGUGGCCAAUACGGCAAAGGCACGGUUCAAUAUGCCGAAGGUCUUGGGUUCGAGUCUCGGUACCGGUACUUUUUUUUUUGAUAGAUGAACUUUUUUGGAAAAUGAACCAUGAGUAAAGUACUCUCGGUAAUUUCGGGAUUUAUCCUCUCCGUCCGCACACAGUACCAUUUUACUACCGAAUCGUGCUCUUUAUCCUCUUGUAUGCCGAUGCCCAGUUCUGGGUGUAGACAUGAUUUUUUUCCUCACGAUUAUCUCAGAACUGGCUGAACCGAUUUUUGCCGGAUCCGCCUUUUUCUGUUCGUUUUGGGGUCCCGUAAGACCCUAUUAAAUUUUAUUCUGUUUAGUAAAGUACCGUCAGUGGGGGUGACAUUGGGUCUGGGGGGUGAGAUUGGGUCAAAGUGAUUUUUUACGGAUUUUACCAUUUUUCAGGUUAUUCUCAAUGAAACUGAAUUCUGUUAAAAAGGUUGUGUAGGGGACAUCUUAAGAUGACUUCGCUGAAAAAAUCUCGUUCCUAGAACAAAUCCUGUUAUUUUGGCACAUGUCUAAAGUUGGGGUACGUUUUUGGCCAAAAAUGACCUCUCGAAAAAUAUUUUUUCUAAUAUUUUUGUUAGAAUUGCUCGAAAACUACCCAAAUGUUUGAAAAUCUCCACUUCAAACAUUGUAGCGUGUCAAUACGAUUCCCUCGAACAAGAAACGCUGUUGGAUGACUUGUUUUUACCAUAUCGUUGUAUUUGAGCAUCAUUUUAGUUUCAUUUGACCCAAUGUCACCCCCUCUAAGGUUUCAGACCCGGCAGCACCGAAGUGUCACCCCCCUAGUUUGGUACACAUGUCUACAUACAGCCAAACACACAGACAUUUGCUCAGCUGGUGAUUCUGAGUCGAUAUGUACAAAUGAAGGUAGGUCUAGGAGGUCUAAUUAAAAAGUUCAUUUUCCGAGUGAUUUUAUUGCCUUUCCUCAGUAAGGUGAGGAAGGCAAAAAGUCAGUUAAAUAUUCCCGAAUUUAGGAAGAUUUAAUUGAAUAAGUCAAAAUGUGUUAAAUAUAAUUCAAAUUUAAAAAUUAGUUAAAAAUAUUAAAAUAUAAUUGAAAUCAGUAAAAAUAAGUUAAAGUUAGAUAAAAUUCGAAAAUAUAAGCUAAAAUUUGUAAACUUUAAUUAAAAUUAUCCAAAAUUAGCCAAUUUAGUUUUAAUUAAAGUUAAGUUUAUGUAAAUUUAGUGUAAUUUAGGUAAAUUAAGUUAAAUUUAUGUAAGCUUGUUCAAAACAAGAACAAAAGGUUUUUUUU